AUCACCACCACAGAAGAAGAGCAGACAGGAAGUGCAGCUGUGACCGGAGCAGCUCUGUGUGUGUUCAUCACCAUGGGAUUGACGGAGGUUCCAGUUGAAAACAUUGCCCGUCCUCUGGGCAGGAACGAGGUCAUCGGCCUCCUCUUCCGUCUGACCAUAUUUGGAGCCGUCACCUACUUCACCAUCAAGUGGAUGGUGGACGCCAUCGACCCCACCAGGAAGCAGAAGCUGGAGGCUCAGAAACAGGCGGAGAAGCUGAUGCGUCAGAUCGGAGUGAAGAACGUGAAGCUGUCCGAGUACGAGAUGAGCAUCGCCGCUCACCUGGUGGACCCGCUCACCAUGCAGAUCACCUGGAGAGACAUCGCAGGUCUGGACGAGAUCAUCACCGAAUUAAAGGAGACGGUGAUUUUACCGGUUCAGAAGAGACACCUGUUCCGGGGCUCACGGCUGCUGCAGCCGCCGAAAGGCGUGUUGCUGUACGGGCCCCCUGGCUGCGGUAAGACGCUGAUCGCCAAGGCGACGGCCAAGGAGGCGGGGUUUCGUUUCAUCAACCUGCAGCCCAGCACUCUGACGGACAAGUGGUACGGAGAAUCCCAGAAACUGGCGGCCGCCGUCUUCUCAUUGGCUGUUAAACUGCAGCCGUCAAUCAUCUUCAUCGACGAGAUAGACUCGUUCCUGAGGAGUCGCUCCAGCUCCGACCACGAAGCCACCGCCAUGAUGAAGGCUCAGUUCAUGAGUCUGUGGGACGGACUGGACACCGACCACCACUGCCAGGUGAUCAUAAUGGGUGCCACCAACCGUCCUCAGGAUCUGGACUCUGCCAUUCUGCGUCGGAUGCCGACCAGGUUCCACAUCAACCAGCCGAGUGUGAGUCAGAGGGAGCAGAUCCUCAAACUCAUCCUGGAGAACGAGAGCGUGGACUCCUCGGUCGACCUCGUUAACGUCGCCAAGGAGACGGACGGUUUCUCAGGAAGUGACCUCAGAGAGAUGUGUCGUGAUGCGGCGCUGCUUUGUGUGCGAGACUUCGUCCACAGUCAGGACGACAGUUUAUCCGAGGACUGCAUUCGACCGAUCCAUCAGUCCGACCUUCAGAGGGCAAUCUGCAAGAUGAAGAAAUCUAAAUCUGCCGGCGGCCAGGGCGCCUUGCUGCACGCCGCUCUGGACUGAUCACAUGACCUCAGCCUUCCUCACAGGCUGGACCUCACUCUCACAUGUUUAGAUAUGUUCAACAUGUGCCACCGAGUUUCUCUGUUGGUUUGAUUUCAUGAUCUACCACAGAAAAAAGAAACUGUCACAGAAACGUUUGAGAAUCGCUGGUUGAUCCAGAAAUGAAAACUUUUAAUUAUUUGUUGAACUCCAGAGUUCUUUUGCCUGAAGAUGUUUAAACUUUAAGAAAUGUCUCAUUGUUGUGAAAUGUAAUUUUGAAACUGGAACCCAUGCCAACAUUUGAACACUCGCUCUGUUGCUGCUCGCUGCAGAAAUGACUGUAAAUAAAGUUUGGAGAUUUUCAGACUCGA